AGGAUGGGAGGAGCCGAGGAACCGAAAGAGAAAACAGGCCGCGCGGGCGGCGGAGGAGCCGGGCGCCGCAAUGGACCUGCGGGCGCUGCCGUGGCUGCUGUGGCUGCUGUGCCGGGGCGGCGGCGAUGCGGCCUCCCGCGCCCCCUUCACCCCGACCUGGCCGCGGAGCCGCGAGCGUGAGGCCGCCGCCUUCCGGGAAAGUCUUAAUAGACAUCGAUACUUGAAUUCUUUAUUUCCCAGUGAAAACUCCACUGCCUUCUAUGGAAUAAAUCAGUUUUCCUAUUUGUUUCCUGAAGAGUUUAAAGCCAUUUAUUUAAGAAGCAAACCUUCCAAGUUUCCCAGAUACUCAGCAGAAGUACGUAUGUCCAUCCCCAAUGUGUCUUUGCCAUUAAGAUUUGACUGGAGGGACAAGCAUGUUGUGACACAAGUGAGAAACCAGCAGAUGUGUGGAGGAUGCUGGGCCUUCAGCGUGGUGGGGGCAGUGGAAUCUGCAUAUGCAAUAAAAGGGAAGCCCCUGGAAGACCUAAGUGUCCAGCAGGUCAUUGACUGUUCGUAUAAUAAUUAUGGCUGCAAUGGAGGCUCUACUCUCAAUGCUUUGAACUGGUUAAACAAGAUGCAAGUAAAACUGGUGAAAGAUUCAGAAUAUCCUUUUAAAGCACAAAAUGGUCUGUGCCAUUACUUUUCUGGUUCACAUUCUGGAUUUUCAAUCAAAGGUUAUUCUGCAUAUGACUUCAGUAACCAAGAAGAUGAAAUGGCAAAAGCACUUCUUACCUUUGGCCCUUUGGUAGUCAUAGUAGAUGCAGUGAGCUGGCAAGAUUAUCUGGGAGGCAUUAUACAGCAUCACUGCUCUAGUGGAGAAGCAAAUCAUGCAGUUCUCAUAACUGGGUUUGAUAAAACAGGAAGCACUCCAUAUUGGAUUGUGCGGAAUUCCUGGGGAAGUUCAUGGGGAGUAGAUGGUUAUGCCCAUGUCAAAAUGGGAAGUAAUGUUUGUGGUAUUGCAGAUUCCGUUUCUUCUAUAUUUGUGUGACAUGUUGGGCAGAUCAAGAGACAGCUACAAAAAUGAAGGUUUUCAUAAUGCAAUGUAACAUAGUACUUCAAAGUAUUAUUCAACUUCAAGUUUCAGCAACUACCUACAAAAGAUUCUAAGGCCUAGUAGUAUUUAAACUAAGUUUCAGAAUGUUGCCUUCUUGUAGAGAGAUGGACAACCAAAGUCAGUGGGACAAACUCCAGCACAGAAGCCUGUGAGGAAGCCUGUGGAAUAGUUUCCUGCCCUGAGAGGAAAUUCAGAUUAGGAGAUAUUUUAGGCCCCUGCAACUGGGGAAGGCUACUGUUUGUUUUUCUUUGCUUAUUAUUUAUUUGUUUGUUUGUUAUGAGAUAUUUCAGGUGGGAUCAAAGAGAUCAAAGGAAUUUAUUUUCUUCUGUGGAGUGUAAUUACUAGCUUUAGAUUACCCCUAUACACAAGAAUGGCCAACCUAAAAUUAUGUGUGCCUUGUACAGUUAGUUAUAUUAGCAGCCCCCUGAGAUGGUAUAUCAGAAGGAUGUGAAACACCAAUUGCUUUACCUGAACAAAUGGUGCUUACUGUUUGAACAGCAGAGUGACCACAUAGAAGGAAGGAAAAGGGCAAAACCCCUUCAGUUAAACUGAAAUUAAAUGAACAAUAAGGCAACUAGGUAAGUAACUUCUAGUAGCAUUGCCUGAGAAACAAAUUAUUGUUUGAUAAUUUUCAUUGUGAGUAGGAAUCCAUAGAUCAUAUUGCUUACUUUGUUCUUUUUAUACUACAGAAUAAUAUUUUGUUCUCUAGUGUAUCAAAAUACCAAAAUAUUAUCUCAUAUUUUCUCCCUCUCUUUCUCUUACUCUUUACCAAGUUUUCCUGGUGGCUUGGCUUCCCUGACUAAAGAAUUAAGUCUCAUUUUUACUUUCCAUUUCUAUUUUCUUACCACUUAGUUGGCUCCCUUUGUCUCUGUACCUUUACCAACAUUAGCAUCUCACCUCUUUCUUCCUCCCCUAAUUCAUAAGCACCACUCCUGUAAAAGUCCCAUCUCUUAACCCUGGGUAUCAAUCAAACUGUGAGUUUUCCAGACUCUGUUUCCCAGUUUUCCCCUUAGCUUUCCUGGUCUCCCGUCUGAACUGCUUCUUUGUGCACCUCUUUUUCCUUCCCUUGGCUCCCAGUCUUGAUUCCUGUGAUCACUCUUGCAUCACUAAUUGCACAAGUGAUUUCAGGUGCAAUUCUGAUGAGCCUGCGUCCACCCAGUGAUCAAUGAUCCUGUGUGCCUAGAAAGGACACUGUGUGCUGCUCAUGACCUGCAACAGGAAAAAAGCCAUUUUCUUGUUAGCAGUGUAAGAACCUUAGAGCAAACGAGUUUACCUUCUGAUCGAAUAUAAGCACAACCUUAUUAAAUGAGUCAAUACAAGAAAAUUAUUUCUGAUACUAUGUAUGUACAUAUUUCUUCUGUAAAAUGUAUCAUUCUUUUCUAAUGUAUAUACUCUAACAAAAAUGAAACCUGAAAUGCAGUAGCAACCACUAAAAGAAAAAUUCAAGGGCAUCUAACUUUUUCUCUCACUUUUGCCCUUUGUUUAUCCUUCCCUGUGAUUAGAUAAAAAAAAUAAAAAACAAAAUGCUGUAUUUCUCUUCUUAGGCCAAUCAGAACCAAUCCCAGAAGAAUGUGUGUUGACUGAGGUUUAGAGUUAUUUCAGGAAGACAGAUAUUGACCUUUUAAUUGAUAAAUAUUCUUAUUAUCCAGGAAUGCCAGAAAAGAACUAUGUCCUGCUUGUCUAGUUUGUAUUCGCUACUGACUUUCUAUGUGAUAUAAAUGCAUUUGUAAUACUCUUUUUCAAGUGCUAAAGGAUUUCUAAAAUUUCAAACUGAUUAAUAUGUUUCUGCUGUUCUGGAUUUUGAUGACAUUUACAAUAAAACAACCUACGUUUGACUUUGGUUUAAAAA